AUGUCAUCAUCGUCCGAAGACGAGUCAAUGUCCGAGAUGGAAGAACAGGAGAAUCAGAAUAAAGAAAUGAAGCAUGAAAAUGGAGUGCUUGAUUACAUAAUGAGCUUGGAAAGUGUGCCAACAAAGCUCCCUCCACAUCUUGAGCUUCUCAGGACCCGGGUCCUCUGCAACAACGAUGCUCCUCAGCAUACAGAUACCAUACAGUAUUCUGGUGCUUAUGCAGCAUUAGGUGUUGAUAAUAGCUUGCGGUUGGAUAAUUUCAGUCAAAACUUCAAAGUUGAAGUGAAGCGGCUCACAGAUGAUGACAUAGAGUUUGAUAUGAUUGGUAUUGAUCCUUCACUUGCCAAUGCAUUUCGAAGAAUCCUUAUAGCAGAGGUACCAACAAUGGCUAUUGAAAGAGUUUACAUUGCAAACAAUACAUCACUUAUACAAGAUGAAGUUCUAUCCCAUAGAUUAGGCCUCAUACCAAUCAGUGCUGAUCCCAGGCUAUUUAAAUAUCCAGAUAAUGCUGGGGAUGAUAGGAAUGAAAAGAAUACCAUUGUCUUCAAACUACAUGUUGCUUGCCAUAAAGGACAGCCACGUAUGACUGUGAGAUCAGAUGAACUAAAGUGGUUACCUAAUGGGAGUGAGCUAAUAGCUGAAGAUGCCAAACCAAGUGCAAGUUCAAAACCAAAGACAUUUACAUCCUUUACUUGCAGUCAAGAAUCGAUUCCCGAAAUUUCCAGCAAUCCAAUUGGUCCCAAAUAUUUGGAUAUUAUAUUAGCUAAACUUGGACCUGGUCAGGAAAUUGAACUUGAAGCUCAUGCAGUUAAAGGUGUUGGUAGAACACAUGCAAAAUGGUCACCAGUUUCCACUGCUUGGUAUCGGAUGCUUCCGGAGGUUGUCCUCUUGGAGAACAUUGAGGAUGAUCUGGCCGUCAAACUACAAGAAAAAUGUCCAGUUGGAUUAUUUGACAUUGAAGAUAUUGGGAAAGGCAAAAAAAGGGCCACGGUAGCCAGACCACGAGAUUGCAUUCUGUGUAGGGAAUGCAUUAGAGAGGGAAAAGAAUGGGAAGAUCGUAUAUCAUUACGUCGUGUUAAAGAUCACUUCAUUUUUACUAUUGAAUCGACUGGAGCAUUGCCCCCUGAAGUGCUAUUCACUGAAGCUGUGAAGAUUCUGGAAGACAAGUGUGAACGAGUAAUUACUGAGCUUUCUUGA